AACUUUCCCCAAAGCUGCAAGUCUCGGCAGGACUGUCAGGGCCGGAAGGGCCUGUGUUCCUGGGACCCCUGCACCCUGGAACCCUGCUUCGACCCAGGACCCGCUCCCAGCCCCGGCCAGAGCUGCCGCCCCUCCCCCACCCAGGGGCUCCGGUUUCAGACCCUGUGACCGGGGCAGCAGCUGCCCAGGACAGGGUGGGGGGGCAUCCCUCCUCUGACCAAGGAGGCCGCUCCCCUGGGGACUCCCUUCCCCCACCUUGCCACCUCCUUCCGCCAGGUCCCUCCUGGAUCCUCCACAGAUCCCCCUGGUACAGGUUUUGGGGGCACAGAGGUGAGGGUCGGGAAUUCUCCAGGGCAACUGUUCCUGGUUUCUAUGGGGUUGUGGCUGGAGGAACCAAGAGAGGCUGGGGAGCCCCCUCUCCCAAUCCUUGGUCCCACCCAGCCCUGCAUGGAUGGUAUUGGGGUUGAGUGGUCAUGGGCCAUCUGGCACCAGAGUAAACUUGUUUGGCUACAUCUUAUCUUUUUAACUAGGCUGGGAGCUACCUGGGGGUUUGGACUUUGACUCCAAGAUGUGCCUCUGCCCUAGAGUGGAAGCCGAGAGGCUGAAACCACACCUCCUGCCAUCCUUCUGGCUGCCUCUUGGAGCCCACCCAGCCCAGCCUGACCAAUGUCCACAGCCAGGGAGCAGCCCAUCUUCAGCACAAGGGCGCACGUGUUCCAGAUUGACCCGGCCACCAAGCGAAACUGGAUCCCAGCGGGCAAGCACGCGCUCACUGUCUCCUACUUCUAUGAUGCCACCCGCAAUGUCUACCGAAUCAUCAGCAUUGGGGGUGCCAAGGCCAUCAUCAACAGCACUGUCACCCCCAACAUGACCUUUACCAAAACCUCCCAGAAGUUUGGACAGUGGGCAGACAGUCGUGCCAACACUGUCUAUGGCCUCGGCUUUGCUUCUGAGCAGCAUCUGACCCAGUUUGCUGAGAAGUUCCAGGAAGUAAAGGAAGCAGCGAGGCUGGCAAGGGAGAAAUCUCAGGAUGGCGGGGAGCUCACCAGUCCAGCCCUGGGACUCACUUCCCACCAGGUGCCCCCAAGUCCUCUCGUCAGCGCCAACGGCCCCGGCGACGAGAAACUGUUCCGUAGCCAGAGCGCGGACGUCCCCGGCCCCGCAGAGCGCGAGCGGCUCAAGAAGAUGCUGUCCGAGGGCUCCGUGGGCGAGGUGCAGUGGGAGGCCGAGUUCUUCGCGCUGCAGGACAGCAACAACAAGUUGGCGGGCGCCCUGCGAGAAGCCAACGCCGCCGCCGCCCAGUGGAGGCAGCAGCUGGAGGCCCAGCGUGCAGAGGCCGAAAGGCUGCGGCAGCGGGUAGCAGAGCUGGAGGCCCAGGCAGCCGCGGAGCCACCCUCAGUCAGUGAGAAGGAAGGGCCAGGCCAGUCACUGGAGCAGCUGGAGGCGCUAGUGCAAACCAAGGACCAGGAGAUCCAGACACUGAAGAGUCAGACCGGUGGGGCCCGCGACUCCCUGGACGCCACCGAGCGCGAGGAGACGCAGCAGAAGGUGCAGGACCUGGAGACCCGCAACGCCGAGCUGGAGCACCAGCUGCGGGCAACGGAGCGCAGCUUGGAAGAGGCGCGGGCCGAGCGGGAACGGGCACGGGCUGAGGUGGGCCGGGCCGCACAGCUGCUGGACGUCAGGCUGUUUGAGCUGAGCGAGCUGCGGGAGGGCCUAGCCCGCCUGGCAGAGGGCACGCCCUGAACCUGGCUGCGGGGUCUGCGUGGGAGCCGGGGCCUGCAGGAGCUGGUUUUAUACGCAGGAUUCCCGCCUGGGGCACGAGCCGGGCCGCAGGCGGCACAGUGGGCCGUUCACCCUGGCAGGGACUGGGGGCCUAACUCAGCCCGGGGAGGGCCUGGCCAUAAUGCCUCAGCUGGCCCUGGCCGCUCGCAGCUCAGGGGCUGUUUUGGGGCUUUUCGUUGUGUAGAAUUUCUAGAAUCCCCAGGGCGCGUGCUGGUGCCCACAUUACAUUUCUAAGAGUG